CAUUAGACUUUUUCAUGGAAUAAGUUGCAGCUGUAAGGCGUACAUCGUGGAAAUGAAGGGAGGUUUACAUGGAUCAUAAGUGAUAUUGUGUGUAGAAAUCUUUCAAAUAAUUUGGGCAAUUGUGUGUGAUAUCUUGGGUAUUGUAUAAUCUGGAUUUGUAUAAAGUGAAUUGUGAUAUUUGACAAUAAUUUAUCCAACAGACGUUUUAGGCAGCCAUAUUUUCUUUCUAAAAUCAAUAUUGGUGGAGUUGGUAGGAAAAGUAGCCAUUUUUAUGUAGUAUUUGGGUAAAUCUUGUGCAGAUAUAAAGUUAUUUAAUGUUCGAGGUGGACAGGAUAUAAUGUAAAGGAGUUACUACUUGUCAAAGGGAGGUGUAGUUAGACAAGUCUGUGUAUUUUGUGAACUACUUGUACUUGUACAAUGGGAGUUUCCACAUGCAGGAAACUGACAGCAGUUUUUGGAUACUUGCCAACACACUAGUAAUUGGCUUUAUUUAGGACAAUUUUCCUGGAAAUUACAGUUUAUACAUAUUGAUUUGAAGCCAAUAAAAAAGAGGCGAGUCCCUGUGUGAGCCUGUCAAGAUGAGUUCCGAACUAGAAGCUCUUCGACAGGAAACAGAACAGUUAAAGAAUCAAAUAAGGGAGGCAAGGAAGGCUGCGGCUGACACUAGUUUAAUUCAAGCCACUGCAGAUGUGGAACCACUCAGUAGAAUACAGAUGCGCACCCGGCGCACACUCCGGGGUCACCUCGCAAAAAUAUACGCCAUGCACUGGGCCUCGGACUCUAGAAAUUUAGUAUCUGCCUCUCAAGAUGGUAAACUUAUAGUUUGGGAUGGCUACACAACAAAUAAGGUUCAUGCAAUUCCUCUACGGUCCAGUUGGGUGAUGACUUGUGCCUACGCCCCCUCGGGAGCCUAUGUAGCUUGUGGCGGUCUAGACAACAUCUGUUCAAUCUACAGCCUGAAGACGCGCGAGGGGAAUGUGCGUGUGAGCCGAGAGCUCCCUGGACACACAGGCUACCUGUCCUGCUGUAGGUUCCUGGAUGACAACCAGAUUGUCACCAGCUCAGGCGAUAUGACCUGUGCACUGUGGGACAUAGAGACCGGUCAGCAGACAACGGCGUAUCUGGGUCACACUGGUGAUGUGAUGAGCCUUUCCCUAGCCCCAGAUAUGAGGACCUUCGUGUCAGGGGCCUGUGACGCUUCCGCCAAGUUGUGGGACAUUCGAGAUGGCAUGUGCAGACAGACAUUCUCCGGACAUGAGUCAGAUAUUAAUGCUAUAACAUAUUUCCCAAACGGAUUUGCGUUUGCGACGGGUUCAGAUGACGCGACCUGUCGGUUGUUUGACAUCCGUGCUGACCAAGAGAUCGGAAUGUACUCGCACGACAACAUCAUCUGCGGUAUUACGUCGGUGGCCUUCUCUAAAUCUGGCCGCCUCCUGCUGGGAGGCUACGAUGACUUCAACUGUAAUGUGUGGGAUGUACUGAAGCAGGAACGUGCUGGAGUCCUGGCCGGCCACGACAACCGUGUGAGCUGCCUAGGGGUGACAGAGGACGGAAUGGCAGUGGCCACCGGAUCCUGGGACAGCUUCCUUAAGAUCUGGAACUGAGGGUGGGCGCCAGCCUGCGCAGCCCCAUCCCCCUCCCCCAACAUCACAGUGACUGUACUUUGUACAUGCCCCACCCCUCAACGCUGGGGCCUCCUUUGCGUAAUAUAUUCAUAUAUAUAUAUAUAUCUAGUAUAUAUAGAGACAACUAAGUCAGCUGUGUAACAAAGUGUAAAAUACCAGUAUCUGAUCAGUUUAUGUGUGACUUUGAGAAUUAGGUAACUAAACAGUUUACUACUCCUGUGUAUUAGAACAGUUUUCAAUGAUACUGGUGUAUCGUAUCAAGUGUACGUUGCUGUAAAACAAUGGAUACCUACAAAAAGUGAUAAUGCUUAUUGGAAAAGUGUAAUCAUCACAGGCGACUUUUGACUUCUUAACAGUGGCAAUGUUCCUUUUUUAUUUGCUUUUUACUUGUGUAAAUGUUCUGGGUAGAGGUCAAUAGGGGGACACAAAUUGUCCCAUCUAAGGCUCUUUCUAGAGUUGUAUUAAUCUCACUGUGUCAGUUUCAUGGAUUGUCAUGCUGCGUUGAAUGUUUAGUACAACAUUGUUUACGCACAUUUUAUGAGUUAUACAUGUAGCCGUGUUUUGCAGGAUGUCUUAGAACAAAUGUAUUGCAUUUUGAAUCCAUAUACAUCUAUAGCUGUGGACUAAGAAAUAUUGUCUUUGAAUGUAAUGUUUAAGACACCGUUGAAUAGUAAUUACCCAUUUUCACUUUUUAACACAUUUUAUAAGCAUUUUUCAUGAUUUUUUGUAUUGUUGGGAUCAUAUACUUUCUAUGGCAUGAAUUUGCAAACAAUGUGUAGGCUUUUGUCAAUUUUAUAAUUUUUCUUGAAUUCUUGAGAAAUUUCACUGUACAAAUAUGAAAAUGGCAUUUUCUUACAACAGAAAUGAAAGGCUCAAUUUUAAUAGGAAGAGUUGCAAAUAUCAAUCAGAGAUUUGGUUGUUCCAAUUAAUGGACCAGCACUAUGUGUUUUUAUUGCUGGGCUGAAUGUUCAUUAACCAAGAGUGUCAGAACAGCCCUAUCAGAAAAAAGUAAAUUAUUGAAAAUAAAAUAUUUUUAAAAACUGUCUUUAAAGAAGAAGAUAAUUAUGCUUUUUUAAAGAAAACCAAUAUUUGCUUUUUUACAAACAUUUAAAUAUUGUGCACACUUUUUUUCUGCGUAAAAAUUUCACCAAGGGUUUUGACAAAAUUUGGAAGGGAAUGAUAAACAAACUGGUGCCACAUUAUUUUGCUACAUUGUAUUUUUGGACUGGUUUGUAAUAUUCAUUAUGUUGCUAAUAUGUUAAGUGAAUGUUUUUUAUGAUAUACAAUAUCUAGUUGAUCUAUUUAUUCUUUAUGCGAGAAUGUGCAAAAUUUUGAAUGUGUGCACUGUGUCUGGUGUGAUAUCAAGUGCUGUCAGUAGUUUUAAAUAGAUUGACAUAAUCUGGUCUGUCUUGAUGGCUUUCUUAGUAUCGAAUGUAGAACACUAAGAAACAUCGCAAGUGUGUAUGAGUGUCUCCAUCAUUCUGUUCAUGUGAAAUCAGACAGUCCAUGUCAUGAUUUUAUUGUCGUAUUGAUGAAUUGUGUAUAAAACCCCAUAUUAUGUCAUGGCUUCUUAUUGAAUUAUGGAAUGUAAUUUUGUGUUCUCUUUCAGAAUUAAAAAAUACUAGGCUAAAUUUUGCUGACCUUUGUGGUCCACGCUAUUAAUAUUACGGUAACUUCUGUCCGAUUGAGAAUCUUUGUGAGGUAUUAAGUGAUUUAAUAUUUUGUACAUAUUAUAUAUUAUUGAUAUGUGAAUCUUUUAUACAUGUGCAAUCAAUGUCAGCUGUAGUGUUUAUAGUAAAUGUGGUGCGUUUGCCUGUAGACUUAAUAUAUGAAGUGGUCUAUUUAAAAAAAACGGGCUUAAUUCAUGUAGGUAGAGGCUUCACAGGCCAAUCUAGGAUGAAACCUUUCUGCUAGACUGGAUUUUUGUUUAACUCUUUCAGUGCUGGAACAGAAUUUUGAAGGUCAUUGCAAACAGUUUGGAUCCAGAUGAGACGCUACAGAAUGUGGCAUCUCAUCAGGAUCCAAACUGUUUGCUAUUCUGAUAGUAUUCUUCGGAAAAAAAUUCGAAGAAAUGCUUAUUUAAAAAAUUCAGCAGACGACAUGUUAGCAGACAACAAAUUUCCCAGCAUGCAAAGGGUUAAAAGAGACUUCCUUUCAAUAAAAAAAUCCAUAACACUGAUUAGCCUGUGCAGUAAACUGUAUACACAUGUAUUAAGCCAAGUUUUCACUGAGGCCAUAAAGUAUGUACCUGUCUUUUAUUCUGUUUUCUUACGCUAUAAGUAGUGUGAAUAGUACAACACAUUAUCAAUGCAUUAUAUGAUAUGAUGUGUGACUAGCAAGUUAAUAGUUCCCCUGCUUUACUCUCUUUCUAUGUUGUUUAUUUAUGUUUGACUGAACACUAUUUGUAACAAUAAAUGGGUGGAAAUCAACGGAAAUUUUAAUAAUGUUCAAUAGCAAAAUUGUGUUGUAUAGUUGUUUUACAAGUUCAGAACGAUCCUAAUGGAGUGACUGUCAGCUAAUUAAUGGUAUAACUCUUCUUUUUUUUAGACCUGGUUAAUGUAAGAAGUGAAUCCGAUUUUGGGGUGAGAAUUAGUAUACAUGCUGCAUAUCUGCAUCGAUUAUGAUGAAAGUUGUAAUUCUCUGGUUUGUUCAAAUGCCAAGGUGAGAGUGGUUGUGCAGUUGCUAUAGAAAUAUACAUUACUUGUUUACAUAUGAGGCUUGUUCUGGGAAAACUUGGCUCAAUGCAUGUGUGUUAAGUGUUAUCCCAAAGUAGUCUGCGCAGUCGGCACGGCUUAUCAGGGACGCCACUGUCCGCAUCAACUGGAUUUUGGAAAAGAAUAUGCCUAAACCAAAAAAACAAUAUAAACAGAAAGUGUAGUCCCUGUUAAGGCAGUGCAGUCUGCACAACCUAAUCUUGGACAACACUACACUUUUGUAUUAAGUCCCGUUUUCCCAAAGCGAGGCUCAAAUAUGAAAAUGUGACAAACGUGUCCAUUAUCUAGUUCAUCUCAUGGUAGACCCUAUUGAGCAAUACUGGCUUGAACACUGUGGCCAAUGUCAAUCAGACAAGACAUUGAAAUGUCAAAGUCACCUGAAGGACAAAGUCUGUUGCCCCAAUAACCUAUUAUCUUGGCAAGAUCUGCCCUAAACGGUCAGAACAUUGUAGGCUAUUUUAUCGUCUGGCAACUGUUGUUGGCUUUUUUAGAUAUUUUCUUUGGCUUGUGUUCGUAAAUAAUAAAUAUGGUAAUUCUUUGCUUGUAAUUCCAGGGAAAGUUGAACCAUUUGUUGCACAUGAAUAAGCAAUUGUUAUUCUACAUAAAUACUGUUUUAAGAUAUUUUUAAUAGGCUGUGGGGAAUGGAAAGAACUGUCAGACAAAAGACAUGAUUGUUACCAUUAGCCACAUGGAUGAACGUAACUGGCCUGCGUAACUGGCCUGUUUUCACGUUGAUUUACCUAAAUUAUGCCCACCCCAAUUGCUUGGACCUUUUGCUACACAUGCUUAGUGUGAGGGCCGGGAAACAUUUGGGGGAGACGUAAAAUCAUUAUUGUAUUCAACAUUAAAUAUAAGGGUGUGUCCGGGUGUGUAUGUACUGCUUCUAUAGGUGUAUAUGUAACUGUUUACUUUCAUUUGUCAAUAAAGCUACAUGUCUUCA